CUGAUGUACCGCACGCAAACCACAACUUUACUGCUUCUUGUUUACAUUUUGUGAGCACUUUCAUGGCGAAAAGAGCCAACAGAUAUCACGAAUCGCUCCUGGAAAAAGGCUCAGCGUUUGUUUUUCCAGAACCUUCGAUAACCGAGUGCUUGCAGCCGAUCCUGUCUGUUAGACAGGCCGUUUCAAUGCAUUUCAGAGGAGCUUUACCGCCGCGCAGAUGGACGCCGUUGAUCUGUUUUCAAGCUGCAGAAAGGGCGACAUUGCCAGAGUGAGAUACCUGGUUGAACAGAGAGAUGUAGAACUGAGCAUCAGAGAUAAGUGGGACAGUACACCUCUGUAUUAUGCAUGUCUGUGUGGACACGAAGAGCUGGUGCAGUACCUGCUUGCCAACGGUGCAAAGUGUGAGGCGAACACGUUUGACGGCGAGCGUUGUCUGUACGGAGCGUUGAAUGAUCCGAUUCGUCGCCUGCUCAAGGAGUACAAGCGCAUCACGGCGAAAGGCAUGCAGAGAGACUACUAUGACCAGUUCCUGCAGACACUUCUGGAGCAGGGUAAUUACAGUGAUGUUACGUUUGCAGUGCACGGGGAGAUGUUUAAGGCCCACCGGUGUGUCCUGAGUGCACGGUCAGAAUACUUUGCCCACAUGCUGGAGACCAAGUGGAAGGGCAAGAGUGCAAUUGCCCUCAAACAUCCACUGGUCAACCCUGCAGCAUUUGGUGCAAUCAUGCAGUAUUUCUACACCGGUCGUUUGGACAUAGAUGUGAAUUAUGUGGAGGACUGCAAGCGUUUGGCCAAACAGUGCAAGAUCAGUGAGCUGAUAGAGGAGCUGGAAGUGAAGUGCAAACAGGUUUAUGAGUUUGUCUCCAGUAAGCCCGGGACAUGUGUGAAGGUGUUGACUCUGGAUCCUCAUGACUUUCAGCUGCAGGAUGAAAUGGCUCUCCUCGCAGACAGUGCGCUGCCAGCUGAGCUCAGGGUUGGAUAUGGCCAGCUUCCUUUCGAUCUAACUGACAGCUUUCCGAGCUAUCCAGACAUCUGCUUCCGGGUGGAGGGCUAUGACUUCCUGUGUCAUAAGGCGUUUUUCUGUGGCCGUAGUGAUUAUUUCAAAGCAUUAUUGGAGGAUCAUUUCAGUGAGGGUGAAACUCUGCAGACUCAUCCCAGUAUUCCAGUGAUCACCCUUCAUGAUGUGUCUCAUGAGCUGUUUACUAGAAUCCUCUACUACAUCUACAGUGAUGACACUCAGCUGUCACAUGAGAACGCGUAUGAGAUUCUGUGUGUAGCUGAUAUGUACCUGUUACCGGGCUUGAAGCGUCUGUGUGGCAGAACUUUGGCCAUGCUGCUAAAUGAGGAGAACGUCCUGUACAUGUGGAAGACGGCCAAACUCUUCCGUCUCUCGCGUUUGGAGGAUCAGUGCACAGAGUACAUGGCCAAGAUCAUUGAGCGGUUGGUGGAGAGACCAGAGUUUGCGGAUAUGAUCAGAGAUGAUGCUGGCAAUGUGGCUGCCAGGCAGGAAACUGACUCCAUCCCACUGGUGGACGAGAUUCGUUUUCACAUCGCCAGUAAUGUUCAGACGUACAGUGCCAUUGAGGAGGCCGACCAGAAACUUGGCGCCCUUGAGCUCCUGCUCGCCAGCAUUGGCCUCGAGUGCUAAAAAAAAAAAAGAGAUGAGGAAAUUAGAUGGGGACAGUGAGGGAUUUAUGAAAUGCUUUACUUGCACAUAAAACAAAUAAUCUGUAGCAAACUCGCAUCACAUUAACAGUAACGCACUAAUAUGAUCAAACUGCAAAAAAUGAAUUUUUUUAAUCGGUAUCUUUGUCUUGUUUUCCAAUAAAAAGUAUCUGAACAUCGUAUGUUUAUAUGGAUUUACUAGAGAAGCAAAAUUGUGUAAGAAACAAGUAUAUUCAAGAGAAUAUAUCUUAUGAAUUAAGUUUAUUUUUCUUUUAAACCUCAUUAAAUUUUAUUAGAUGUAUGCUUAAAACAAGAAAAAAACUAUUUGCCAGUGGGAUUAAAAAAAACACAAGUCUUAAUAUCUUACACAAUUUUGCUUUAAAAGUUUUAAAGAUGUUUAGAUAUUUUUACUGGAAAACCAGACAAAAAUACUGAUUUAAGAAAACGAUUAUAAGUCGUGCCAGUGUGAUUCAGUGUGAAACUUUCUCCAGCCUUUUGCCGUUCCCGUACUUUUUUUUUUUCUCUUUACUCCAGUGUGCUUAAUCCAUGUUGAUUAUCACCAGUAGUGAGUGUUGUGUUUCAGCAUCCUUUGUAAUAAUGAUGUUUGGGUCUGCACCAUUCGUUCUUAUAAAUGCAUCACGUAAACAAAUGUAGCAGAUUAUUUAAUGAGCUUUACAGAAACUGUUUUGUUGUGAAGCGUUGCGAACACUGGGCACAAAUAAAUAGGCUGCUGUAACAUCUACAAUAACAUUUUAGACGCAGUCAGUGAUUUCUAAAACAAUUAAUCUAGGAUGAGGUGAUUUAUUUUGCGAAAAGAUGCAUGCACUUAUGAACAGAAAUAUAUUAUACGUGAUGUCUGGAGAAUUUAAAGAUGUUUUGAAAGCUUACGUAUUUUGAUUUAUAAAUUCUGAACUUGUCUGUUCAAAAUCUUAUUACAAUUAUAUGUGUUGUACGAUAGGACUUGCUCAGUCAUUUUGACCAAAGAGAAUUUAUUAGUUCUCUCUGGUGUUGGUGUCAUAGGUGACAUUCACUAAAAGAACAGUUUAUUAUUUAUGCCAACAAAUGAGCUUGCACUUACUGAUGUGUCUUCCAGCACUGUUGUGUUUUCAGCAGUGCAUCCACAUAAAUUUAACAAAGACUGUUAAAUUGCAUCUCAUUUUUGAUUAACAUGAUUGUGCCUAAAAUUGUUUGUCCCUUAUCUUGCUCUCUUGUUCCACCAAAACAUUUAGCAAUGGUUUUAUUUUAAUUCAUAGCCUUUUAUUUAUUCUGUUUUAUUAAAUCUACAACAUUAUAUUAUGCUCAUGUCCUCAGUGGCACUUUGUGUUUGCGCAUGUUUGUGUUAUUGAACUGUUGUUCUAAAGAGAAUUCCCACGAAUGAGACUUGUGUAAGAACAUCAUGAAUGUCAUAAAGUCAUAAAAUGUCUUUGUUUACUGUCAGAUGCAUUGGCAUUGUAAUUUUAUUUCUAAUGAAUUAAUGUGGGAUGUGCAAAAGUGAGCAAAAAGAGAGAGAGAGAAGAAAAAAAUAAAUAAUAUUUAGUA